AUGGAGGGUCUGUCGCUUCUGCCUGGCUACAAUUUCUCCGACAGUACGACAAAGGACUACAGGAUAAAGCAAACAUUUAAAUUUCUCAAUGGAUUUCGCACGAUAAACGAUGAUUUUACGCUUUACUGCGGUGGUGACGAUUGUUUGGGAAAUGCUAGACUCGCCGUCUACAAUGAUCCAACGCUGACGUACGGCCGUCCCCGCGACGGUGACCACGAGAUAAAGCGCUUUUUGCCGCACUACGUGCUCUUCGAUCGCAAAAGCCUUCGCCUGAACGCGUACUUCAAGCAGGGCAUAUUCGGCUCGGCCGACGAGCACUGCCGCGUUCGGCAGGUUCGCAUAAUGUACUAUCUCGAGGACGACACGAUGGCGGUGGUGGAGAAAUCGGUCGACAACGCCGGCUUCAGUCAAGGAAAGCUCGUCAAGAGGUCGAGGAUACCAAGGCCCGACAGGCCCGGGGAGUUUUACCACUGGAAGGACCUCAACGUCGCGAUCGACAUCGAGAUCUACGGCGUGGUGUACCGAGCGGUGAGCUGCGACGGCUACACGCGCGAGUUUCUAAAAAGCCAGGGCAUCGACGUCAACGAUCCCGAGGAGAUGCCGGACGACCCCUACCUCCGCGAGCGCCACCUCAAAAGCCAACAGCAGUCAACCGGACAAAGCAAAAACAGCAGGUCCCUGGCCAACGACAAGCGCUUCCUCUUUCUCGAGUACAACGGCCUGGCGUUGAGCUUCGACGCCUCGUGGAACGACCAGCUGUACAAGCUGCGGUACUUCCUCGACGACAACACCAUCUCCGUGAGCGAGACCAAGACGCCGGGCGUCAAGGUCCGGGGCGGCCUGCUGCUCAAGAGGACCAAAGUACCGAAGAACUGGAAGGACCUUCCCUCUACCUACCCGGCCGCCUACCUGGAGAGAACGGACGAGGACGUGCGCGAGUACUACGCCCCGAUAGAUCUCAAGGUGGGCGGGACGGCCUUUGUGUUCGGCCGGCGGUUCCUGCUCCUCGACUGCGACCGGUUCACCCGCAAGUACUACGCGGACGUGCUGAGGAUCUGCCAGCCCGACGGUAUCCCCGUGCCCCAGCAGCCCGAGGAGGGAGCUAACAGCGGAGGCCCGGCGAAGCGCCUGGCCGGGGAGCCGAGGGACGAGUUGCGCCGGCUCUUCAAUUUCCCGAAAAAGUUGCGCUACAGCCUGGAGAUGGAGGCGGUGAGGCCGGAGGACGAGGGCCGGGAGUUCGUGCUCGAGUACAGCUUGAGCGACGGCACGGUGCGGAUAAACGAGGUGGCGCGCCGGAACUCGGGGAGGAUGGCCGGGUGCUUUUUGGGGGCGAUUCGGGUGCCGAAACCCGGGGAUGACAGGUACUACACGCCCGAGGACUUUGCGAUUGGGGCGAGGUUGAACGUGUUUGGCCAUUGGUUCGUCGUCACCGGGACCGAGCCCUUUGUUUACGAGUACAUGAGGGCCAAUCCUGGGAAGUUCGGUGACGAGCUCAGGCGGAACGUCGAGGGAUACUUGAGGACCAAGGGCUUGCUGGGGCUGGAGUGCUCGCCGCGUGAGGAGGCUCCUUGCGAGGAGGGGAACGUGGAGUGCAAUUGCAGCGAGGAUGGGGAGUUCAAUUGCAGCGAGGAUGGGAAGUGCAAUUGCAGCGAGGAUGGGGAGUGCAAUUGCAGCGAGGAUGGGGAGUGA